AUGCUUUUUAAAAAUAUCUUAAUGAGCUUAAAUAUCCAGCAUUUGAGUAGAUUAGCUGUGGGACUGUCUCUCAAUCCAUCUCUUCAUCUUCCCACUCUCAGACACAACAACAACAUAACAGCAGGAAAUCAGACCAGCACCUCUGACUUCCUACUCCUGGCUUUCUCGAGUCACCAAGAACUCCUGUUCCCUCUGUUCCUGGUUCUAUACCUGGCAGCCCUCCUGGGGAAUGUGCUGAUUCUUCUUGCUGUUGGCUCAGACUCACGCCUCCAAACACCUAUGUAUGUGCUCCUGUUCAACCUGUCUCUGGCAGAUCUGUGCUUCACCUCUGCUACAGUACCUAGGCUCCUCUAUGCCCUGCUGACAGGGGACCAGACUAUCAGUCAUUCAGCCUGCCUGUCCCAAGUCUUCUUUUUCUUGAUGGCAGGCAAUGUGGAUAGCUAUGUGUUAGCUGCCAUGGCAUGGGACCGAUAUGUAGCCAUAUGCAAACCACUGCACUAUGCUACUGUGGUGACCCUGCCACGAUGUAUGGUGCUCCUAGGGGCUGUGUGGGUGGGCACAGCCCUGCACUCAUUACUCCAUACAAUUCUCCUUGCUCGUCUUACUUUCUGUAGCAAUCGUGGUCUCCCAUACUUUUUCUGUGAUAUCCAUCCUUUAAUACAUCUUGCCUGCUCUGACACCUCCCUCAACUAUAUGAUGGUUUUAGUUGAGGGUGGGUCUGUAAUCAUUGUGCCUGCUAUUUGUAUUGUGGCUUCUUAUGUCUUCAUUGGAGCUGCUGUUUGUCAGAUUCGAGCCCCUGGGGGUCUCCGCAAGGCAUUUUCCACCUGUGGAUCCCAUCUAACUGUGGUUAUACUUUUCUAUGGAACUGUGGUGAGUGUCUACCUACAGCCUCCAGGGCAAGUUGAAGGUCAAGAGGAACCCCAAGAUCUUGUAGCCAUAGUUAUGUUCUCUGUAGUGUCUCCAACACUAAACCCUUAUAUCUAUAGUUUGCAGAACCGAGAAAUCAAAGCAGCCCUUACAAAGCUGUUUGUGGGUAGUUAG